AUGUCCAUUCCAAUGAAACAGACUGCGAGGACAACAACUGGAGUUGUCCCGCCUACUGAAAAGAAGAAAGGAAGCAAGUUGUUUGCUUUGAAGACAGACUUCCUCCAAAAUGACGAGGACUCAAUUCAAAAGGGUAUCUUGGACCAUGUUGAAUACACAUUGGCCAGAACCAAGUACAACUUUGACUCGUUCUCUGCCUACCAGGGCUCGGCCUACAGUGUCAGAGAUCGUUUGAUCGAGAGAUGGAAUGAGACCCAGCAGUACUACACUGAGAAGGAUCCAAAGAGAGUGUACUACCUGUCGCUGGAGUUCUUGAUGGGCAGAUCACUCCAGAACGCCAUCUACAACAUGGGUCUCAAGGAUGAGUACCACAGUGCUCUGUUGGAGUUUGGUUUCCAGAUUGAGGACCUCUACGAGGAGGAGAAGGACGCUGCCCUUGGUAACGGUGGUCUCGGUCGUCUGGCCGCAUGUUUCAUGGACUCGUUGGCAACACUCAAGUAUCCAGCAUGGGGCUAUGGACUGCGUUACAACUAUGGAAUGUUUGAGCAAGGCAUCUACGAUGGCUACCAGACUGAGGUGCCAGACUACUGGCUGGUCGCCGGUAACCCAUGGGAGAUUGAGCGUCUCGAUGUCCAGUACACUGUCAGAUUCUACGGACAUGUUGUCGAGAGAAAGACACCGGACGGAGUGCGCCACGACUGGGAGGGAGGUGAGCUUGUCCAAGCUAUCGCCUAUGAUACCCCAGUGCCAGGCUACAGCACCAUCAACACAAACAACAUCCGUCUCUGGAGCUCCAAGCCACACAAAGAGUUCGACCUGGAUGCCUUCAAUGGUGGAAACUACCUCAGUGCUGUGGAGGCCAAGCAGAGAUCGGAGAACAUCACCUCUGUCUUGUAUCCCAACGACAACACCUACAGUGGCAAGGAGUUGAGAUUGAAGCAGCAGUACUUCUUCGUGGCUGCCACACUCUGCGACGUCAUCCGUCGUUACAAGAAGACUCACACUGGAUGGAAGGACUUCUCGUCCAAGGUGGCCAUCCAGCUGAAUGACACCCAUCCCACUAUCGGUGUCGUUGAGCUGUUCAGAAAGCUGCUGGAUGAGGAGGGACUCCAAUGGGAUGAGGCCUGGACCAUUGUCAACAAGACCUUUGCCUACACCAACCACACAAUCCUGCCCGAGGCCCUUGAGAUGUGGCCCGUGCAGUUGAUUGAGGACCUGUUGCCAAGACACAUGCAGCUCAUCUAUGGAAUCAACCAUCGCUUCCUGCUCACAGUCACCCAGAAGUGGCCAGGCAACAUGGACAAGAUGAGAUCGCUCUCGAUCAUUCAGGAGGGUGAGGAGAAGAAGGUCAGAAUGGCUCACUUGGCCAUUGUUGGCUCUCACUGUGUCAAUGGUGUGGCUGCUCUUCACUCGGACCUUGUGAAGAACAAGGUGUUCCCAGACUUCCACGCCCUCUUCCCAGGCAAGUUCCAGAACAAGACCAACGGUGUCACACCCCGUCGCUGGAUCCAGCAGGCCAACCCAGGUCUUAGCGGAAUCUUGACCAAGUGGCUCAAGACCGACCAAUGGGUCAUUGACCUAACACUCAUCCAGGGCAUUGAGAAGCACAUCAACAACCCCGAGCUCAUUGAGGAGUGGAAGAUGGUCAAGCAAUUCAACAAGGAGCGUCUUGCUGACUUUAUCCACAAGACCUGUGGAGUCAAAGUCAACUCCAACGCCAUGUUUGACGUUCAUAUCAAGAGAAUCCACGAGUACAAGAGACAACUCUUGAACAUACUCGGAGUCAUCUACAGAUACCUCACCAUCAAGAAGAUGUCUGCAGAUGAGCGUCAGAAUGUCGUUCCCAGAGUGGUCAUCUUUGCUGGUAAGGCCGCCCCAGGUUACUUCAUGGCCAAGAGACACAUCAAGCUCAUCACAUCGGUGGCCGAGGUCAUCAACAAUGACAAGGACAUUGAGGACACUCUCAAGGUGGUGUUUAUUGCCAACUACAAUGUGUCGAUGGCUCAGGUUGUCGUGCCAGCCUCUGACAUCAACCAACAGAUCUCAACUGCAGGUACCGAAGCAUCGGGUACCAGCAACAUGAAGUUCACCAUGAACGGUUCGCUCAUCAUCGGUACACUGGACGGUGCCAACGUCGAGAUUGCCGAGGAGGUCGGCCAGGACAAUAUGUUCAUCUUUGGUCUCAGAACACACGAGAUUGACAAGGCUCGCGACAAGAUGAGAAACAAGCAGGUGGUCGUUGACGCUCGUCUCCAAGAGGUGUUCUUGAACAUUGAGCUGGGCACAUUUGGCUCGCCAGAGAUCUUCCAGCCCAUCUUGGACUCGUUGCUCAACACCGAUCACUACCUGACCAUCCAGGACUUCCCAAUGUACCUGGAUGCCCAAGAAGAGGUGGAUGCCCUAUGGAGACGCCAGGACGAGUGGCUCAAGAAGUCCAUCAUCAACACUGCCAAGACCUACCACUUCAGCAGUGAUCGUGCCAUGAGGGAGUACGCCGAGCAAAUCUGGAACAUCGAGCCUUGCGAAGUUGAGACAUGUGACAACAGAAGAUAUUAA